AUGCCGGUGCUGUACCACCUGACGCUGCAAAAGCCCACAGCCAUCACCAAAAUCGCAUAUGGGAAUUUUUCCGGGCCAAAGGUGCACGAAAUCGUGGUGUCCAAGGGGCAAGUGUUGGAGCUGCUAAGGGCGGACAAGCAGGGGAAGCUAAACCUCAUUGCGUCUAAGGACGUCUUCGGAAUCAUACGUUGCUUGCAGACGUUCAGGCUGACGGGGAGCAACAAGGACUAUAUUGUUAUUGGAAGUGACUCAGGGAGGUUAGUGAUUCUUCAAUUUAAUAAUGAAAAAAAUGAUUUCGUUCGAGUACAUUGUGAAACGUAUGGCAAGAGUGGGCUUCGCAGGAUCAUCCCAGGAGAAUACAUAGCAGUGGAUCCAAAGGGAAGAGCUCUCAUGAUAUGUGCGAUUGAGCGACAAAAAUUUGUGUAUAUUUUAAAUCGAGAUAGUAAAGAACAGCUAACCAUUAGUAGUCCAUUAGAUGCACAUAAAUCACACACGAUAUGUCAUGACGUGGUCGGAAUGGACGUAGGAUUUGAGAACCCAAUGUUUGCAUCUAUUGAACACAAUUAUGAACUGUAUGACAAGCAAAUGACAAACACAAGUGAGAUAGAUGCAUGUCCAAGGAAAACUCUUUUAUGUUUGUGGGAAAUGGACCUAGGAUUAAAUCAUGUGAUUAGAAAACAUACUCUACCCCUUGAUUCGAGUGCACAUUUAUUAAUACCCAUUCCAGGAGGACAACAAGGACCAAGUGGAGUCAUUGUCUGUUGUGAUAAUUAUUUAGUUUAUAAAAAGGUGGAGCAUGCGGAUGUGUAUUGUGCUUAUCCUAGGAGACUUGAAACAGGACAGGACAAAAAUAUUUCCAUUGUAUGUAGCGCAGUUCAUAGGAUUCGAAAAUUUUUUUUUAUCCUGAUUCAAUCUGAGUUUGGGGAUUUGUACAAAGUAGAAAUGGAACAUGAGGAUGGAAUUGUAAAAGAAAUUACUUGUAAAUAUUUUGACACUGUCCCAGUAGCCAAUGCCAUAUGUGUGAUGAAGUCAGGAUCUCUUUUCGUGGCAGCAGAAUUUGGUAAUCAUUUUUUUUAUCAAUUCUCAGGAAUAGGUGAUGAUGAUCAUGAGGCCAUGUGUACUUCAAAACACCCCUCAGGGAAAAAUGCUAUUAUUGCCUUUAGGACGAAGAAACUUACAAAUUUAUUUCUUAUAGACCAAGUGUAUUCUCUUUCUCCCAUUGUGGAUAUGAAAAUACUGGACGCGAAAAAUGCCAACAGUCCUCAGAUUUAUGCUCUUUGUGGUAGGGGACCCAGAUCAUCCCUUCGUAUUUUACAACACGGAUUGAGCAUAGAAGAACUAGCAGAUAAUGAACUUCCUGGAAGACCCAAAUUCAUAUGGACCAUUAAAAAAGAUAAUGCCAGUGAAUAUGAUGGCUAUAUUAUUGUUAGUUUUGAAGGAAGUACACUUGUAUUAGAAAUUGGAGAAACGGUAGAGGAGGUCGUGGACAGUUUACUUUUAACAAAUGUAACGACCAUUCAUGUGAAUAUACUUUACGACAAUUCCCUCAUUCAAGUACACGAUACAGGGAUAAGGCAUAUAAAUGGAAAGGUCAUAAAUGAGUGGGUACCUCCAAAGAAUAAACAAAUAAAAGCAGCCACUUCGAAUAGUACGCAAAUUGUAAUCUCGCUCAGUGGAGGAGAGUUGAUCUACUUUGAGAUUGAUGAAGCGCAUACUCUUGUGGAAAUAUUUCGAAAAAAUUUGAACGUGGAAACGUUAUGUCUGUCCAUACAGCAGGUCGAGGAGAACAAGCUCAGAGCAAACUUUUUAGCAGUUGGCUGCUUGGACAAUGUGGUGAGGCUACUCUCCAUUGAGAAGGAAAAAUAUUUUAACCAAUUGUCUACCUUCAUUUUACCUAAUAACUCAUCAGCACAAGACAUUUGCAUAUCUGAAAUGUGUGAACUGGGCAACGACAAAGAGAGAAAAUUGAUCUUCCUUAAUAUCGGACUUAAUAAUGGAGUUCUUCUACGAAGUGUAGUGGAUCCCAUUACAGGAACGCUUACCAAUCAUUACUCAAAAUAUUUGGGGGCAAAAAAUGUUAAAAUAUGUCCCGUUCAUGUAAAUAAAAAUCCAGCUCUCCUAGUGUUAUGCGAAAAGACUUACUUGUGUUAUGUUCACCAGGGAAAACAUGUGUACUCUCCUUUAAACUAUGACAUCCUGGAGUACGCAUCCUGUUUUCAUUCCGAGCAGUGCUCAGAUGGGUACGUGGCAAUUUCAGGAAGUAGUUUACGUAUCUUCCGCUUCUACCGCUUAGGGGAAGUGUUCAGUCAAAACAUUUUACACUUAACAUUCACUCCGAGGAAAAUCGUUCCCCUUCCCUUCCCUUCCCUCUUUUACGACCACGACACGUCAGUUGAAAUUGAGAGACAAAAGAAUAUACGUAUGCUCGCCAUUAUUGAAGCUGAUCAUAAUGCGUAUGAUGAGAAUACACUGCACGAAAUUCAAAGGGCACUAAAGGGUAUCCAGCUUGAAGGGGAAGAGCAGACAGGUGCGAACGGAUCAUACCACCCCGUUGGGAACGGCCUGCACGGGAACCUCCACAAUAGGGCCCACAGUGAGGGCGAUUCGGUAAAGCAGCACAUGGAUGACGUGGAUGACGUGGACGAAGCGGAAAAUGCCUCGAGCCACCAACAGAGGGAAAAGCACGGCGCAGGAGAAGAGGAAGGGGAAGGGGAAGGACAAGAGGACGAGGAAGAAGAAGAACUACUGUACGAUCGAAUAGGAACUGUUAAGGCAGGCCCGGGUAAAUGGGGCUCCUGCAUAAAAAUAAUCCACCCAGUCACUUUACAAACCAUAGAUAAAAUUUCCCUCGAGAUGGAAGAAGCGGCCUUAAGUGUUUGUGCAUGUGAGUUGGAGGCUCUCCAUUGUUUAAUCGUUGGCACCACCACUAACCUGUCACUAAAAAACCGCACUCCUCCAGCAGCAGCUCUGCGUGUGUACACGUAUGACAUUAAUUACAAACUGAACCUCCUGCACAUAACACCAGUAGAAGACCAGCCAUUCUGUUUUUGUCCCUUCAACGGAAGACUCCUAGCUGCCAUUGGAAACAAACUCAGAAUAUAUGCACUGGGAAAAAAAAAGUUACUAAAAAAAUGCGAAUACAAGGAUAUCCCUGAGGCCAUUAUCUCCAUUAAGGUUUCCGGUGACCGUAUCUUCGCCUCCGACAUACGAGAGUCUGUCUUAAUAUUUUUUUACGACUCCAAUAUGAACGCGUUCAGGUUAAUUUCAGAUGAUAUAAUUCCCAGGUGGAUCACGUGCUCUGAGUUACUGGACCACCACACCAUUAUGGCGGCAGACAAGUUCGACUCGGUCUUUGUGCUCCGGGUGCCCGAGGAGGCCAAGCAGGAGGAGUACGGCAUUUCGAACAAGUGCUGGUACGGAGGCGAAAUGAUGGCCGGCUCGAACAAGAACAGGCGGCUGGAACACAUCAUGAGCUUCCACGUCGGAGAAAUAGUAACGUCCCUGCAGAAGGUGAAGCUGUCCCCCACGAGCAGCGAGUGCAUAAUAUAUUCCACCAUCAUGGGGACGAUAGGGGCGUUCAUCCCGUACGACAACAAGGAGGAGCUGGAGCUGACUCAGCACCUGGAAAUCAUUUUGAGGACGGAGAACCCCCCGCUGUGUGGACGGGAGCACAUAUUUUUUCGUUCCUACUAUCACCCCGUCCAGCACGUCAUUGACGGAGACCUGUGCGAGCAGUUUUCCAGCCUGCCAUACGACGUUCAGAGGAAAGUAGCUUCCGAUUUGGAGAGGACCCCGGAUGACAUUCUGCGAAAGUUGGAAGACAUUCGGAAUAAAAUUCUUUAA